AUGUCCUACACCUGGAUGUCUCUCAAUUUGGCGACUGCCAGCGCUUCCAUGGGGAGUAGAUCAAGCUCACCGCCGCUGUCCGAUGGCUCCUCUGUUCGAUCAAUCGAUGGAAACAGGUAUUCCCAAACCAUCGCCGACCAGUUCAUCAACUCGAAGAAGUUCUACAGGCGGCUCGAUCGUCUUCUUGGAGCAAAUGAAUACACGUGUCAGUGGCGACAGAACUCCUACAUCAUCGAGGAUGCUCCUAGGAUCCUCAGCCCUACUGAAAUAGCAGGCCUCCGACUGUAG